AUGCCUGUGGAGACGCCGCUGGGGAUAUUCACCGCCAAAAUAGAGAAAGGCUAUGUAGUCGGUGGCGAUGGUCUUUAUACGGAUCCAGGUAACGUUUCAGUUAUGUUGAAUUACCCUAGAUCAACCAAUUCGACAGAAAUCAAAAGAUUCAUAGGCAUGUGCUCGUGGUACCGACGAUUCAUAAGUGGAUUUUCUAGUUUAGUGGCCCCCUUGAAUACCUUAUUGAAGAGCAAGAAAAAGAAGCAAUCAAUUUCUUGGACUUCAGAAGCCGAAUCAGCAUUCAUUAGCAUCAAAAACGCAUUUACGAUUCAGAGUGACGCUUGCGACACUGGUAUUGGUAGUGUUCUAACACCACUUGAAGGGGAUGAGAAG